AAUAAUUCUAACCUCUCUUUUAAUUUGUUGUUACACGUGCAGUUAAUUUUGUGUUUUAAAUCUGUUCAAAAUGUCCAUACAAGAUAAAGUGCUUAUGCGUAAAAUAAUAAAACGUGAGAAACAAAAAUUAAAGCUUGUUCAGAUAAAGGAAGCAGAAAAGAAAGAUAAAGAUAUAAAAAGCGAGAUUGAACAACCAAUAAAACUUUUAACGAAUGAUAACAAAGGCAAGAAAAGGCAAAAUGAUGAACCAAGCUCCAUAAAAAAAAAAAAGAAAAAGAAGGGUAAAAAAGAUGACUUGGACUUGGAAAAACGAGAUAAAGAGGACGAGGAUGAAGAAGAUCCACCAGAGGAAAAUGAAAGUGAUGAAGAAAUAGAAAAUAAUGAAUUAGAAUCAAAAUUACCUGGGUCUGAGACAGCUCUUGAAAUCCUUAGUAGCUGCACAUUCACCUCAUUAAAAGAAAAAGUGUGUGAAAAUACUUUGAAGGCAAUAGAAGACAUGGGUUUUGAAACCAUGACGGAAAUUCAAGCUCGAUCAAUACCUCCAUUAUUAGAAGGAAGAGAUCUUGUAGGAGCAGCCAAAACAGGUUCAGGAAAAACAUUGGCUUUCCUUAUACCUGCUGUUGAAUUGGUGUACAAACUAAAAUUUAUGCCAAGAAAUGGAACUGGUGUUAUUAUUAUUUCACCUACAAGAGAAUUGUCAAUGCAAACUUUUGGCGUUUUAAAAGAAUUAAUGAAGUACCAUCAUCACACUUAUGGGUUAGUUAUGGGUGGUACUGCAAGGCAAACUGAAGCUCAAAAAUUGGGUAAAGGUAUCAAUAUUUUGGUUGCAACUCCAGGAAGGUUGUUGGAUCAUUUGCAAAAUACUCCCGAUUUUUUGUAUAAGAACUUGCAAUGUUUGGUUAUUGAUGAAGCUGAUAGAAUUUUGGAUAUUGGUUUUGAAGAGGAAAUGAAACAAAUUAUUAAUUUGUUGCCCAAACGUAGACAAACUAUGUUGUUUAGUGCAACACAAAGCAAAAAAACUGAGGCUCUAACGUCCUUAGCCCUUAAAAAAGAGCCUGUGUAUGUAGGAGUGGAUGAUUUAAAAGAUGAAGCCACAGUUUCUGGUUUAGAACAAGGAUAUGUUGUAUGUCCAUCUGAAAAAAGAUUACUGGUACUUUUUACAUUCCUCAAGAAAAAUAGGAAGAAGAAGGUUAUGGUCUUCUUUAGUUCUUGCAUGGCUGUAAAGUUUCAUCAUGAGUUGUUUAACUACAUUGACUUGCCUGUUAUGUGUAUUCAUGGCAAACAAAAACAAACCAAGCGAACCACAACGUUCUUCCAAUUCUGUAACGCCGAAUCCGGCAUUCUUCUGUGUACCGACGUAGCCGCCAGGGGGCUCGAUAUACCCGCCGUCGAUUGGAUCGUCCAGUUCGAUCCUCCAGACGAUCCCAAAGAGUACAUUCACAGAGUAGGCAGAACGGCGCGUGGCGAAGGCAGCAGUGGGCAUGCGCUGCUGAUAUUAAGACCCGAAGAGUUGGGAUUUUUGAGGUACCUCAAACAAGCUAAGGUGCCUCUCAACGAGUUUGAGUUCAGUUGGAGCAAGAUUGCGGAUAUACAGUUACAGUUGGAAAAUUUAAUGGGUAAAAACUACUUCUUGAACAUGUCCGGCAAAGAAGCAUUUAAAGCUUAUGUAAGAGCAUAUGAUUCACAUCAUUUAAAGACCAUUUUUGAUGUUAGUACUUUAGAUUUAGCCAAAGUAGGACAAUCUUUUGGCUUUAAGGUACCACCAGCUGUUGAUUUAAAAGUUUCUGCUAAAAAAGCUGAACGACCAGCUAAAAGAAAUGGAGGGGGAGGUUUUGGUUAUUACAAGAAUAUGAAUUCAGGUCCGGACAGGGGCAGGCAAAAGACCAAUGUGUACAGGCAACCCAAGCAGAAAUCAGGACCGGAUAGAAGACAAUUUGCACGAUAAUUUUUAAAUAUUGAUAUUGAUUUUUUUAAAUAAUAAAAUAAUUAUUAAAUGAUUGGUUAACCAUUAA